AGUUGUUUUAAUCAACCCGCCUCACAGUCCCCAACUCACUUCUGGAAGACACAGGGCAGGAGGUGGUCUACUCACUGUGGGAAGAGGGAUGCUGGCCUUGAACUUCAGCCUCCUCCAGCCAAUGCUGCCUGGGGAUCUCUGACCUGCUGGCCAGCGGACUCAUUCCAGGGGGACCCUUCUGAGGUGGGCUGCCCACUCAGUGCCAGGGCCCUGGAGAAACCAGACGAUCACGAAGCCAGAAUGGAUCCGGAUAGUGAUCAGCCCCUGAACAGCCGUGGUGCCAGAAAUGCCACCUCCCUGCACAAAGCCCACACACCCCUGGAGAAUUUCAAAAAGGUGGGGGUCCCCAUCAUUGCAGCCCUGCUGAGCCUGGCUACCAUCAUCAUCAUGGCUGUCCUCAUCAAGGUCAUCUUGGACAAAUACUACUUCCUCUGCGGGCAGCCCUUCCACUUCAUCUCUAGGAGGCAGGUGUGUGAUGGCCAGCAGGACUGUGCCCUGGGGGAGGAUGAGCAGCACUGUGUCAAGAACUUCCCUGAUGACCCUCCUGAAGCAGUUCGCCUCUCCAAGGACCGAUCCACCCUACAGGUGCUGGACCCAACCACCGGGAACUGGGUCUCUGCAUGUUUUGACAACUUCACAGAAGCUCUGGCCAGGACAGCCUGUGGGCAAAUGGGCUAUGACAGCAAACCUAUGUUCAGAGCUGUGAAGAUAGGCCCAGAGCAGGAACUAGAAGUUGCUGAAAUCACAGAGAACAACCAGGAGCUUCAGGUGCAAAACCUGAGUGGAUCCUGCUACUCAGGCUCCCUGGUCUCCUUGCACUGUCUUGGAAAGAAGAAGCUGGGCAGAGCCUGGAAGCAUGGUCAGAGACAGGAAAGCCUGGAAGAAGAUCAGCCUUUCAACUGUGGGGAGAGCCUAAAGGCCCCCCGGGUGGUAGGUGGGGAGAAGGCGUCUGUAGAUUCUUGGCCUUGGCAGGUCAGCAUCCAGCACAACAGACAACACGUCUGUGGAGGGAGCAUCCUAGAUUCCCACUGGAUCCUUACAGCCGCCCACUGCUUCAGGAAGCAUCAUGAUCUCUCUAACUGGAAGGUGAGGGCUGGAUCAGACAAACUGGGAAAUUUCCCAUCCCUGCCUGUGGCUAAGAUCUUUGUCAUUGAGCGCAAUACCACAUACCCCAAAGACAAAGAUAUUGCCCUGGUGAAGCUGCAGUCCCCACUCACAUUCUCAGGCACAGUCAGGCCCAUCUGCCUGCCAUUCUCUGAUGAAGAGCUCAGUCCAGACACCCCACUAUGGGUCAUCGGAUGGGGCUUUACAAAGCAAAAUGGAGGGAAGAUGUCAGAUGCACUGCUACAGGCAUCUGUCAAGGUGAUUGACAGCACCCGGUGCAAUGCAGAAGAUGCGUAUCAGGGGGAAGUGACAGAGAAGAUGCUGUGUGCAGGCAUCCUGGAGGGCGGCGUGGACACCUGUCAGGGUGACAGCGGUGGACCCCUGAUGUAUCACUCUAACCAGUGGCAAGUAGUGGGCAUCGUGAGCUGGGGCCAUGGCUGCGGAGGUCCAAGUACCCCAGGAGUGUACACCAAGGUCACGGCCUAUCUCAACUGGAUCUACAAUGUCCGCAAGUCUGUGCCAUGAUGCUGCUGUCCCUGUACAAAGCUGGAAAUUGCUUGUCUCCUGCCCACCUGAGGAUUCCCCAGAAGACAGGCACAGAGCAAGAGUCCCUGUGGGAACACCUCUUCAUCAUAGCUUCAGUAUUUUUUUUUUUUUUUUUUUGGUGCAGCAAAAUACGUCCAUUCCUGUAAGAAACCCCAAAGUCUCUGGGCAUUCAGGAGGAAGCCAGAAACCCCACCUCAGCCACCUCGUAUUCCCAGCAUCCCAAGGAGAAAGGUACAGUCACCUGAAAAGGACACACAGCACCCCAAGACCAAUGUCUUAAAAAGCACUGAUCACCCAAGAAGGAACUUUCCUAAAUAGAAAUUGGACGUUAGGGGACCAGGUAGUGGCACACCUGGCUGAGUGCACAUGUUACAAUGCACAAGGAUACGGGUUCAAUCACAAGGUCCCCUCCUGCAGGGGGCAAGUUUCAUGAGUGGUGAAGCAUGCUGCAAGACUCUCUCUUCCUCUCUGUCUCUCUCUCUCUCUCUCCCUUUCCCCACUCAAUUUCUCUCUGUCCUAUCAAAUAUGAGAAAAGGGGAAAAAAUAAAGAAAUGUUCUCUGGUGAGAGCUACCAGAUAACCAAAGGUUGGAGUAGAGGGAGAAGAGGGUCAGAGCUCACUUUCUUUUUCACCCAUCCCCAAGUCUACAUGAACAAGAAACCACUCAAAGUGUACAUUGUAUGUUUCCAUUUAUAAAGCUGCUGUUAUUUACCACUGUU